AUGGCCCAGUUACCCGACUCUGUUGUGCUGUGCCGACAGGAAGACGACUCCACCACGGAGUUCUCCGUGCCCCGGUCCAUUUUGUCGAUGGCGAGUCCCUACCUACGGGAAACCGUCCUGGAAACUUCCGGCACUCAGCAGAUCAAGCUGCAGUUCAAUAACCUCUCCCAGGCCUCCUUCGAGGGACUCAAAGUCUACCUGCAGAACGGAUCGCCACCGGUGACGUGCUCCAAUGUCACGGACCUGUACAGCAUCGCGUACAAGCUUAGGCUUCAGCCGCUGGUGACGAGAUGCCUGAAGUAUCUGGCCGAGGCCGGGCCCGUGGGCCGCCAACUUGUCCUUCUGUGCAACGCGGCUCGUCUCGGACUGAAUGACGAAGAGCAGGCCGCCCUGAAGUACCUGGCGGAGCGGUUCGACACCGCCGUACGGAAUCGGUUGUUUUUGGAGCUGGACUGCAAGGGUGUCUGCACCUUGCUGAGUUCGGAUGUCUUAGCCACGGCUUCAGAAACCGGGGUACUUCUAGCCGCAUUGACUUGGCUCGAGCAUGACUACGAGGCGCGACUCAAGUUCGGAGACGCCGUGCUGGGAUGCGUCCGCUUUCCUCUGCUUCCAGAGAACAUUCUGUUUGACUGCAUGGAGUCGCAUCCUUCCGGCCGUCUCACCCUACAGGGCCCUUUCGUCAGAGACAAGCUCAUGGAAGCUGUCCUGUGA